CACCAGACCUGCUCCGAGAUUACGUUCACCCUCUCCGUACUCCUAAUACACCAUUCAUGGCGCCCUCUCUGCCCUAUGCCGCUGAUGCGGAAAGUCCUCUCAAACCCGAAGAACUCCAAGUCCUCCGCGCACAGUACGAGAAGGAGGGCGAGUACGUGGGCUUGCAAACGAAAUUCAACUACGCCUGGGGCCUCAUAAAAUCAAACAACCGCCAGGAGCAACAAGAAGGCGUUCGCCUGCUCUCAGAAAUCUUCCGCAACUCCCCCGAGCGCCGGAGGGAGUGCCUCUACUACCUCGCCCUCGGAAACUACAAGCUCGGCAACUACGCCGAGGCGAGGAAAUACAACGAGCUAUUGAUCGACCUCGAGCCCGCGAACCUGCAGGCGGGAAGUCUGAAAGGGCUGAUCGACGACAAGGUGGCGAAGGAGGGCCUUGUCGGGGUGGCGAUUGUUGGAGGUCUGGCUGUGGCGGCGGGUAUCGUGGGAAGCAUGCUAUUCAAGGGAAGCAGAAGGCGAUAGGGUAACACGCUGUGUAUAAUGGGGGAUGAGUGACGAGCGUUGGUGGUGCAUUCGGCGUAUCGGCGGCUUUCCCUAGGCCGAGAAAUCGCAUGUAGAAUAUGGACAUCUUUAACCUUUCAAGCGCGUGCGUCUCUGCGCCCAGGACGCUCCAAUGGUGUUUUGCGGUUGUCUCGGAUCCAAUGAACUACCCAUGCGGGGCGUCAGAAUAGCAAAGAAGAGCAUGGAAAGCCAGAGAAGGCUUUGGUGGCAGCGAGUCGAACAGACGUACAACAACGCACCCGAACAAUCAGGCGGAUUUGCUAGGUGCUAGUGUAAUUAACACAGCUGUGCAGCGAGCGUCUUGUCCCGUCCAGGUGCACCCUCACCGGACCCUCCC